AUUUUCUUCCCAGAGGCGCCUGGCAGUACGCAAUCCGGGCGAAAUAUCCCUCCGCGCGUCCUUGUCACACAACGGAAAGCUAAAAGAUGGCGGCCGUCGCAGCAGUGAGGAGUCUCGGCUCCAGUUUGGGUAAAAACCUCCGAGAGAUCCGCGUCCACCUCUGCCAGACCUCCGCAGCCAGCAAGGGGGCCAGAGACUUUGUGGAGCAGCACUAUGUGACUCUGAAGAAGUCUAACCCAGAUUUCCCGAUCCUGAUCCGUGAAUGUUCUGGAGUCCAGGCCCGGGUCUGGGCCCGGUACGAAUUUGGGAAAGAGAGCAGCGUCUCCGUGGAGAACUUGUCCGCUGAUCAGGUGGUCGGCGCUCUGCAGACUCUGGCUCAGUCCAGACCUUAACCCCCCCCCGUCUCUACUGGAAGUU